UCCAUAGGAGUUGAAAUAUUUUCUUUCUGCCUUCAAACUGAUUGCUUUGAAGUGGAAAUGGAAAUUGAGGAAACACUGAAGAUACUGAACAGUUCUCUAUAUACUAUCAAGUGGCGUCUGAAAUCUGCAGCCAAGCUUCGUCUGGAAAUUGAUUUUUUAGCGUUAUGCACCAGAAUGAGGCCAGUUAUAAUGGUUGACUAUGGGGGAAAGAUGCCUGAACUGCAACAACAUCUAUGUGCACUUCUUAAACUUUGUCAAAAGGAGUCGCCUGUUUUUGAGGAUCUAAAAGUUAUGAUUAUAGAAGAUAUGAUAUACUUGAUUCAUGUUAAAGAACUUGCUGAGCAUGUUAGCUUAAGCUUGAGCUCAGAAGCUGAUUUGCAGUUUGUGGACCUAGAACAGGAUCCCCCUAAGAUGAUAACAAUAACCGAAAAAAGCUCUGUGGGAAUGCAAUUAAUAUCAGUUCAGAAGUUGUUCUCGUCACUUUUUCCACUCAAUAGAUUGAACAAUGAUGUUCUGUCCUGUGACCGAACAGAUGAUAUGGUUAAAUCCAAAUCAUCUGAUGAGCCUGUUGCUUCUCAAUCUUCUGAAGUUAUUGAUCUCAGUAGCUGCUUGCACAAUACUGAGGUUACAAUGCCAACUUUGAAUGGAUGGCUUCUUGGUUAUCCAGUUGUCUAUUUGUUUGGCAUAGAGCAUAUUGCUGAUGCUAUUUAUAAUCUUUCGACCAAGUCUCUUCGCAUCUUCAGAAUUUUAGUCUGCAGGAAUGGUCCUGCAAAUAAAGGUUCUUCGCCAGAGGAACUAAUGAGCUUCUCGGUGCCUUAUGAUCUAAGCAUGGGAGGGAGCAAAGAACCAUGGGCAGAGAUGUUUCUGGCUAAGAUGCAAUCAAAAUGGGGAAAGUGCAAGCAAACUUGGAGGACCCUAAAGAUGGAAGUUAAUGAAUGCUUUCCACAAGCUAUUGCAUUAUAGGUCUAUGAACCAACCCCAGUCUUCUCACUAGAAAAAUUAUGUAUAGCAAAGUUUUCAAACCCGAAUUGGACAUUGACCCAAUGAAGGAUGGGGCUAAUCUAGUUCAGCCGACUAUCGAAUCAUUAUACUGUUUAAGUAAAUAUAAAAAAACUAUUUAAAACAA